UUUUAUUUCUCUCUUAUACUCUCCUUUUCUGUCUCUCUCUCUCUCUCUCUCUCUCUCAGCUUUACAUUAAUAUUUUCUACAUUUGAACGCUCCAUUCUAGAAGAGAUGGUUCAAAUCAAGGAAUUUCGGAUUGUCAUGCCCAUGUCGUUGGAAGAGUAUCAUGUAGCUCAUACGUAUGUGGUCAUGAAGAUGUCACAACAGCACACAACUGGUAAUGAAGGGGUAGAAGUCUUGGAGAAUAAAGAUUUUGAAGAUGAUGUACUUGGAAAGGGUCGAUACACUAAUAAAGUUUAUCGCCUACAAAGCAAAGUUCCUUCUUGGCUUACUACUUUUGCUCCAGCAGAUGCUCUCAUCAUGCAAGAGGAAGCCUGGAAUGCAUUCCCAAGAUGCAAAUCAGUAAUGAAGUGCCCAUAUUUUCCCAGGUUUCAGUUAACCAUUGAAACUGUUCAUAUGUCUGGCAAUGGGCAGUCAGAAAAUGUGCAUGGUCUAAGUGAAGAACAACUAGCAACCAGGGAAGUGGAAUAUAUUGAUAUAGCUUCUACUGAAACGAAUUAUUGGAGUUAUCUAGUCGGAAAUAACACUGUGGACUUCACCAAAUUCAAAUCAGAAAGAACUGGCCGUGGCCCACUUUUGGAGGGAUGGCAGGAUAGGUGUGAUCCUGUUAUGACAGCAUACAAAUUGGUAACAAUUGAUGCACCAUACUGGGGCUUUGGAUACCGACUUGAACAAGCUCUAGUAGCGGGUGAAAAGGCUCUUUUUUGGGGGAGUCAUCGGAAUUGUUAUAGUUGGAUUGAUGAAUGGUAUGGGAUGACAAUGCAACAAGUACGUGAAUUUGAACAACAAACCCAAUCUGCUUUAAAUGAGAAACUUGGCAAGCCAACUUUGGUGACUAGAAUAGAAGGUUAAACAAGGUAGUGGAGGCACUUAUGGAAGGAGCUCACAUUUCCGGGUAGUAUAUGCUUGCCGCUGAUGUGCAAAGUCUGUUAUAAAUUCUUCUGGUGAUAUAUCUGCAGUGUCACAGCUAAAUAUAUCUGCAGUGUCACAGCUAUACAGCAGCUAAAAUAUUUAAUCCAUACUAUUAAUUUGAUUUGAUACUCCGUUAUAAUUGAAAGUAUUCUAAAUUAGAUUUUGACA